AUGUCAACCGGCGGCACGGGCGGACACCCGAUCCAGGGGCUCAACUACGGGGCCACGGCCGGACAGCAGAGCGUCGAUCUCUCCGACGACCCGGACCCGAAGGGCACCGCAGCCGGCUACACCCACCCCAACCAACCCCACCACGGCGGAAAGUCCCUCCUCGGCACCCUCAAGGAAGCCCUCAAGCCCGGCGACGCCAAGAAGCACGACGACGCCCGGCUGAGCUCCGGGCCCGGCCCCAACAACCCCGUGGCGUCGGCCGUGUCGUCCGCGGUGAAGGGGGACGGCACAGCCACGCAAAGCCACCGCGACGCCGUGGGUUUCGACGGCGGCAGCCGCACUCUAGAGUCCUCGAUGCCAGGGCUACAGAGGGAUAAGCAGCGCGGCGGCAGCGGCAGCGGCAGUGGCGGGGGUGGGGGGAUUCUGGGCGCGAUGAAGUCGGCAUCGCACAAGAUAUCGGAUGUGCCCGGUGCGCUGAAGAAGGGGGGAAAUAACGACAACAACCAUGACAAGGGCGGGUUCAGCGGCGGGACCAGGAGCGGGAACGUGAUGGAGGCGGCGUCGGCGUCGGACGUCCCGGCGUUUGAUUCCCAGGGGUCGGUGGGGCGGGAGUUCACGACCGAAGGCGCGAUCGGCGGCGCGGCGCAGAGAGUUGGCGGGCCGUUCUCGAAGAAGGGGGCUGUCGGGCGGCAGUUCACGGAUGAAGGGUCGGUGGGGGGCUCGGUGCAGGAUACGCUGGGACAGGGUGAUGCUACGAGGAAGGGGACUUGAUUUCCCUGUGGGGAUGUACAGAUUGUAGGAACAAAAUGUAAAAUAUAUGGGAAAAGGCGUCUGUGUUGCUUAAUUUUAGGGUGAUUUUGGGACAAUAAAUAUGUGCUACCCAUGGAGAUUGUGGCCGUAUGGAAAUCGGCCGCAUUAUGCUAACUCUGAUCCAAGGUGCGAUGUUAUCAAAUGUAUGAAAUCCUGUAACGUAAUGUCACGAGAUCAUGAAGUGAUCAUGUUCUUAGGUGGGGCGUUAUAUCUAUAAAGCAAGUAUCUGCUGCUAGACGAACAUAAUCUUGUCCUCUCCAAACCCAUUUCCCAUCACUAGGUAUAGCGCUUCCUGUCUUCCAUGAAUGGAGACGACAUGUGC